GCGGCUGGACCCCUCCAAGCUGGAGAUGCUGUUCGCACUGGUCCACAGCAACGAGGAGGGGCAGGUGUGCUACCGGGAGCUCAUCGAGCUGAUGAGCAGUAAACGUUCCAGUAGUUUCCGGCGGGCCAUAGCCAGCGGGCGUCGGACCUUGCAGAGGGACAUCCUGCUGGAUGAAGCAGGCCUGGGUGUGUACAAGCGCUUUGUUCGCUACGUGGCCUAUGAGAUCCUGCCCUGCGAGUCCCACCGCCGCUGGUACUUCCACCAGAACCACCUGUGUCCGCCGCCCGUCUUCAUGGCUGUGAUCACCAUCAUUCAGAUCAUCGUGUUCAUGUGCUAUGGCGUCAUGCUGAAUAAAUGGGUGCUACAGACCUACCAGCCAGAGUUCAUGAAGAGCCCCCUAGUGUACCACCCUGGUCAUCGCGCCCAGGUGUGGCGCUUCCUCAGCUACAUGUUCAUGCACGUGGGGCUGGAGCAGCUGGGCUUCAAUGCUUUGCUGCAGCUGAUGAUCGGGGUUCCUCUGGAGAUGGUGCACGGGAUCAUGCGCAUCAGUCUGCUCUACAUGGCCGGGGUGGUGGCGGGGUCACUGACAGUGUCCAUCACAGACAUGAGGGCUCCAGUGGUCGGAGGGUCCGGGGGUGUCUACGCCCUGUGCUCAGCACAUCUGGCAAACGUUGUCAUGAACUGGGCUGGGAUGCGAUGUCCAUACAAGCUGCUUCGAAUGAUCCUGGCUCUGGUUUGCAUGAGCUCUGAGGUGGGUCGGGCUGUGUGGCUGCGGUUCUCUCCACCCCUGCCCUCCUCCGGGCCCCAGCCCAGCUUCAUGGCUCACCUGUCGGGGGCAGUGGUGGGCAUCAGCAUGGGUCUGCUGAUCCUGCGCAACUAUGAGGAGAACCUGCAAGGACAAUGCUCCUGGUGGGUCAUCAUCUUCGCCUUCAUCACCUUCCUCCUCUUCGCCAUCUUCUGGAACAUCUUCGCCUACGAGCUGCUGGGCGUGCAGAUCCCACCCGCUCCCUGAGAAAGGGCCAGUCCUUUUCCUUUACCCAUAAUUCAGUUUAACCCAUUUCACUCUGGAAAACAGUCGUGUCACCUCACGGGUCUAACCUUCAGGAUACAACCUUUCUGCGUCUACAAAGCGGUUCAACUCUCAUGUGUUCUCAUACUCCAAACGAUGGGACAUGGCCCCAAAUCUCCCAACACGUGACACUCCAAUAUCCAAAAUGCGAUGGGUUUCGAAGGGCAAGAAAAAUCUGCAUUUCGAUAGCCACGGAUCAGAGGAAUAGAUAUGUCUGCAGAAAUUAUAUUAAGCAUGUGAACAGGAAAAUUACAAAUAUAAAAAUACAGUGUAGAUUAAUGUGUGGUGCAGCUGUAAUGGUGAAAGAUCCACUACAUGGUGUCCUCUCCAGUAUCCCACAAUGCAUUAGCAGACUAUGAACUGCUGAGGGCUGCACAUUCCACUCUGACAUUGCUCCUGUUAAAAAAAGACAAAAAAAGAGUUAACCUCUCUGGAUUGCGGGGAACCCUCUGUCAUCUGGUUCCUAGAGAUGCAGACUCCUGUAACAGAAUGUACUUAAAAUGGUGCAUAUUUUUAUAUUGUGUCUAUUCAUAUGUGGGCAGAUGUAACGUGUCCAUGAUUUAUCCACGAUUAUUUAUUUGUUGUUUCGUGGAAGGGAAAAUGCUUGAAAUUGUAAAAUAUGAAUUCAUUUCGGAGACUGAAUCCCGUUGUUAUUCAUUUUGUGUUUGAUCUUCUGAAAAUGUGAAAUGAAAUGAAAUCCCUUGUACAGUAUAUAGAAAGAAAAAAAAAGAGACAAAAAGCUUGCAUGGCCAACUGACUGUCCUUUUGAUCUUUGUUAAAACAUUUUCUAUUCGGGAAUGAAUAAUAAAAUCAACGGGGUCAGAUCUCAGAACUCUGGAGUACUCAAGAGACAAAUAGAAAAAAACUGGCAUAAAAAAAGCGAGAAUAGCUUAAUGAGGAAAUUAAGUGCCAAAGUCUGAACUAAGUCUGAAGACAAACUCAAUUCUGGGCUGUCUCGUUCGUUAAAGAAGGGCUCUGAUUGUUUUAGUUCCUUCAUUAGCCACUUCUCCUCGGCUGAAUAUUCAUGCCUGUGAGGAAGACAGUAUUAAUGAUGGUCACCAUCCAGGGAUUCCAUAGGCUUUAGUCAGGAGUGAAGGAAUCUCGGAAAUCUCAGAAGCUAAAGCUUGAUAUCAGGAAUUUCACAAACACCGAAUAACUGCCACCUGCGUCUGAUAACUUGCUCUAUUCUUAGCAUAAGUAAUCAAAAGGGUGCUCCUGUGAACUAAGUACAUUAAGCAAGUGCUGGGUUAUCAAAAUGCAUUGAUUGAUGAAGAGGUGUUCAGUUCUAAGGUGAUUGUAUUGCCCAAGGGAGGACAGUGUCUAAAGAAAUAAUUGUUUGUGGCACAGUGGUAAACGAUUCUCUAUGAUAGCACACAUAUCUAAUAUCCUGUCUGUGGUAUGCAGAACCAAUGUAAACCUGCCAAUGCCAGCUGGCUUUACUUCAGCCACUCUGUCAUAAAAAUAAGACAAAUAAAGAGAGAACACGUACAAGACUCAAUGGCUCUGCACAGUGGCAAUGCUCCCGGGGCAAAGGUAUAAAAGACACCUGGAAUGUUUGGCUUUUAGCCUCAGUAGCUGGCAUGUCAUGCGGUGAGUUUUGUUAACGCCGGAACAAAGCAUGUCUCGUAAAGCUUGAGUGUGAAGUGUGGGGUGAGUUUCUGGGGCCAGCACAACACUGGAGCAUGAACUGGCAAAUCACUGCUCCUAAAAAGAAUGACCUAAAAGAAUGGCCGUUGAGUAGAAUCCAGCAACGCAUAGAAUAGAAUAACAUGUGUUCAUUACAUUUUAAUGCUUUAACUGAUUACUUAAAUCGACAAUUACAUUUACAUUUACAUUUUAGUCAUUUGGCAGACGCUUUUAAUCCAAAGCGACUUACAAGUGCAUUUGACACAUAGCUGCUCAGAGAGAAGGCAAUGGAGGUAUAGGGCAAUUAUUUGAUAAUAUAUUUUUGCAAUAUACUUGCAUAUGUCUCUUGUACACGUAUGUGACUCCUUAUUGGGCAAGGUGCGGUCAGUAAAGGUAUUAGCAUGUUAGCAUGGAAUGUGAGAGCUGAGCCACCCACAGGACAUUGUUUGACCCCCAAGUUUGUCGGUAAACGGAAGUGCUGUCUCAGUCCUGUCCCCUGGUCUGGAGGACCACAGACUGGGCUUUUAGUCUAGUGGUGCUGAGAGUGAAGCCCAGGUUUCUUGUUUGAAGACGGAAACCUGCAAACAGAUGAAGCCCCAAUCUAUGCGUGUGCACACAAACCCAUUUUGCCCACUGUUGGUAACAGGCCACUAUUUACAAAGUGGAUUACAGCAGGAAGGGCUCAGCUAGAACGCACAUGAGGGAUUAGUAGCGUUUACAACACAGUCUUUUAACACAGUUUUCUCUCAAUUUUCAGUUGAGAGAUCCUAAUCGCGUGCUACAAACACACAAUGCAAAAAGAUUUUUGCGAGUGGGAAUCAUUAAUGUACGCUAACAGAAAUCACAUGCAGCCUAUUCAAAAAUCACAAUAAUGAACCCUCCUAACUGGCUUAAAUUCUACUGCAGUCUUUGGGAAGAAAAGUCAUUUUCUUGGUUGCUGUUAUUCUUUCCAUGAAGCCUUGUGUCUUCUCUAAAAAGUAUCGCUCAUUUAUUCUCAAGCCCUUGUGCCAUCUUGCUCACAUCUAAUAAAAAACAGUGCUGUGGAUAGUUUGAUUCCCUGCUGAAUGGAGACAUCAUAUCUGAACUCCUUCCCAGAUGCAUCCUGAUUAAGCCUACAGUAGCUCAGCAGAUAAAAGGUGUCUCAUUCGGCUGUCAGGCUGUAAUAAUGUUUACAUCUUCAGGCCAAUGGUAAGCUACUGACAUACUUCAGGAUGAAUUUAUUAUAUUUAAAUGGCCUUAAAGUAACCAUAUCGCUAUCAGAUAUGGGAAAUGACUUAAGGCAACUGUCAGUUGUACUGCUGUGUGAGUAAAUGAAAAUGUACAGAUUAUCUUGGAGCAUAAUGGAGGGGGGCCUGCAGGUUGUUUUGGUACUUUUUUCAUGUAUGUGCAUUCCAACUGUGGCACAAAGAACAAAGAAAAGGGGGGUUUCAAAUUCACGUGAAUUUGGUUUCCACAUUUAUUACAAUAUCAUUCCUUGAAUAUCUUAUUUUUUCUUAAGUUCUUAAGAAACUGAAACAAAUAUGUAAUGUAUAUAUGUAAAUAUAAAUAAUUUAUAAGUACAGUCAUGAUUUCAUGUCGUAAUGUAGUCCAAACAUUAAAUGUCCCAUUUGAACUGUUUUAUAUUGUAUAAAACUUUCUUUUCUUUUGUACCGUUCAUUAUAUUCAUUUCGGAAUCAUGUGAAUAAAAAAAAGCUGGCAAAUGUCUUA